AAGGCGGAGGUCUCCAGGGGCAAAGCGCCAGCGGCGGUGUUGGCCUUUGGAGAAGCUGCAAGAUUAAAUUUCGGCCUUACAGCAUUUCCUGAUGAGUGUAGAGGGAGAGAAAGUGAGAGGGUGAGCAAGUGAGUGUGGGGGCAGACCAUCAAGUGACCCACAAUCAUGCUGAACGAUCGCAGAUUAACACCAGGUAACUCUGACCUCCCCCCACCAAACUCACUGCCGGACUGCGAAGAGGAGCAGAGUGGAGCUCAUCAAAAUGUUUGAGGGGAUGAUGGAGCCCCACAAGAAGGACGGGUGAGAUGUGAGGGAACCCUGAGCGGGCGGCGGUCAUGGGAGUGACACUAAUCAGUUGAAUUCACAGGAAUCACCAAGGGUUGAGGAAUGGCGAGCGCAGAGAAGCGUUCCUCAGAGGAUGAGGAUAAGAGGGCCAAAGAUGAGCACAACCGGCAGGAGAAUGCAAGCGCAAAGGUGGUGGUGCUGCCCCCUGGUGGUAACACCAAGUGGGACAAGCGGCGUCCAUCGCGCAGGAGCGGCUGGGCGCUGACCAAACGUUUGGCCAUCAACGUGUCGGGCAUGCGUUAUGAGACCCAGUUGCGCACCGUUGCCCAGUUUCCCAAGUCCCUACUGGGAGACCCCCGUAAACGGUUGCGCUACUUUGACCCUGUACGAAACGAGAUCUUCCUCGACCGCAGCCGGGUGUGCUUCGAGGCCAUUCUGCACUUUUACCAGUCGGGCGGUAGACUGCGGCGGCCCGCCAAUGUGCCGCUGGACGUGUUCCUCGAGGAGCUUAUCUUCUACCAGCUCGGCGAAGACAUCGUGGACCGUUUUAAGGAGGAUGAGGGCUUCGCUAAGGAGGAGGAGCGAGCUCUGCCCAGUGGGAAGCUGCGGCGCCGCCUUUGGAUGCUCUUCGAGUACCCCGAGUCAUCCAGCGCUGCCCGCAUCAUCGCCAUCAUCAGCAUCCUGGUCAUCGUCGUCUCCAUCCUCAUCUUCUGCCUGGAAACCCUGCCCGAGUUCAGGAACGAGAGAGAGCAGAGGGAGAGGUUCAGCGGCGUUUCUCACCCAAGUCUCAACAACGAGACACUCCCAACGUCGACGGUCUUCACCCCCUCCGAGGACCCCUUCUUCAUCGUUGAGACCAUCUGCAUCUGCUGGUUCUCUUUCGAGCUGAUUAUGCGCUUCAGCUGCUCCCCCAGCAAGAUGCACUUCUUCAAGGACGUCAUGAACACUAUCGACUUCUUGGCCAUCAUUCCCUACUUUGUCACGCUGGGCACGGAGCUGGCCGGGGACAAAGGGGCACAGCCCUCGGUGUCACUAGCCCUCAUCCGGGUCAUCCGGCUAGUGAGGGUCUUCAGGAUCUUCAAAUUGUCUCGACACUCCAAAGGACUCCAGAUCCUGGGUCAGACGCUGAAGGCCAGCCUACGAGAACUCGCCCUGCUCAUCUUCUUCCUCUUCAUCGGCGUCAUCCUCUUCUCCAGCGCCGUCUAUUUCGCCGAGGUGGACCGCCCGGAAACGGCCUUCACCAGCAUCCCCGAGGCCUUCUGGUGGGCCGUGGUGUCCAUGACGACGGUGGGCUAUGGCGACAUGUACCCGGAGACGGUCGGCGGCAAGUUGGUGGGCUCCAUGUGCGCCAUUGCCGGCGUGCUCACCAUUUCGUUACCCGUGCCGGUUAUCGUGUCCAACUUCAGCUAUUUCUACCACCGCGAGAUGGAGCGGGACGACACGACCGAGUAUAAACACGUGUCCACAUCUCUCUGGGAGGACGAUGAUGAAGAUGAUGAGGACGAGAUGGAUGAAGGGCCUGAGGACACACUUUACAGAAGGAACAGCAAAUCAAAUGGAGAUCUUGAUGGAGUGAACAGUCUCCUCGGAGAACCUCUGGUCACUCAGGUGUGAAGGAACCACAGAAGGGAGUUUGUAAUCGUAGCAAGGAUGGAACAUGUAAAGGAUACACAGCGAGAGGGUCAACCUGAUGAAUGCAAAACAACAUCGGUUUCAAUGCAGCACGUCAUUGAACUCAAUGACAUCUUUUACGAUUUUAAAGUUGGCAACAAAUGUUUUUUCUGUGAAAAUGUCAGAACGGUUCAGUAACAUUCUGCAUGAGCGGCAUGUGUGAUUCAGCAAAGUUGACGGGAAAUGAAAACCAUCCCAGAUACAAGCAGACCCCGGGGUGAACGAUAGGGUCUUCAGAAUCCUUCAAGAACUUCCUCCUGUCACUUUAAGAUGGUGAAUAUCAAUUUAAAAGCAACACCGCAAAUCACACCGAUGAAUUUUCUGUCAACUUAAAUGAAUGAAUGUCUGAAUGUCCCGGUGUAGAGUAACAAAUCCAAACAAUUGCAUGACCUUUAGUGUCAAUAAAUCUCUUUGCACGAGUG